CUAACUAAGAGUCCAGUUGUCGCACACUUAUACCGGAUAUCACGAUCGUCAUGCUGAAAAUCGCAGUUGCCGUUUUGCUUCUCGUAAGCAUUGUCAAGUCGGACGGGGACGGGGACGGAGACGGUCACGGACACGGUCGCGACCUUUUUGACAAAUAUGACGGCAAUAACGAUGAUCGUUUGUCAGAUACCGAGUUCAGGAAACUUUUCAUGAAUUUCGACUCCUGGCCAGAAGAUCAACAGAUUUCCGAACACGAGUUUAUAGCAGGCUGGUCAGAUCCACACAGCGAAUUUUCGGAGGCGUCAUCUGCCGCUCUGUUCUUCUUCCGAACGGACCUUGACCAUAAUGGACUCGUUUCAAUACAGGAUGUUGACAAACUUUUCAAUAUGUUUGAUGAAAAUGGAAACCAUGACGUGAGUAAAGCCGAGUUUUGUGAUGCCUUCACCGCCAUGUUUUAUGCUUUAAAUCAUUGUUGAUAAUACAAGUUACUGAGGGGUCCA